AUGAUGCAAGACGAAGACGUAGCGUAUAAUCCAUCUAACAAGAAGAGAAACAUCGAAGAGAUGAGUGGACAGGCUGAACCUGCUUCAGACCGACCAGCCAAGCGCAUGUAUCAUGGCUAUAAUGCCAUGCAGGCUAUUAGUGAUGAUCAUAUGAUGCGAGACGAAGCACAACCAAUCCAAGAAUUGGAUGAGGAGACAUCGGGUCAGAUCAAUGUUAGAUUUCUCGUCUACGCCACACUUGCAAAUGGAGUCGUAAACUGCAGAAACCUCACAAGCAUAUCAUGA